AUGACGGAGUUAUUUACUCACUACGAACAACAGUUCGGAAAUAUCAGCGCUGAAAUUACGGCGAAAAUUUGCAAGAUUCCGAACCUUCAUGGAUGUAAGUUUGAUUGUGAAUUUGACAAUUUGUUGAAAUUGACUCGUGUUGUAGCUUCUUUUAAACUUAAAACGGCGUUAUUUUAUUUUUUCCUUUAGCAUCGAAGAAGGGUGUAGUCAGCGACGUCGAACGAUGCUUUGAUGAAGCUCGUGAAUUGGUAAGAAACGAAAGAUUUAUGAUUUCAAGAUUGAAUGAAAAAUAAUCAACUUUAUUAAGCUUAUGUUGAAUAUCAUUGUGUUUGUGUAUGCGUCUUAUUCCCUUUACAUCUGUAAGAUUCGAUAAACAUUUAAUUUUGACAGCCGUCUUUUAUCCACACAAUGGUCAGGCUCAGAUUGCUCAAAACUCUCAGUAUCAUUAUUAAAGUUUAUUCAGAUUUAUUUGGUAAAAAUCUAAAAAACUCUGAAAACACGGUUUCUUUUUGUCACUGCGAUUGUUCUUUCCUUUUCUUAAAUCUUAAUGGAUAAAUAUAUUUGGCACAAUUACACCAGUCCAUUAAAUUAUUAACAUUGUUUCUGAUUGAUAUUGGACUAGAGUGUCAUUUCAUUUUUAAUAAAGUAACGCUUCCUGUAAGAACUAUAGAAAACUCAACAACGCAGCAGGAUCUAGACGGUAGUGUGUUUCCAAUUAACCUAUUGAAAUCCAGCCCUGUGAUUGGCUAGAAAACGAAAAAGGCUAAAAACUGAUAGUAGCAUAUUGAAAAUUUCCUUGAAGUUCUAAGGUUCCAUAUAUGGAAUUUGGCUAUUGUUUCGUAUAUGUAAAUUUCAAGAGAAUCUUAUGCGGGGUUUAGAGAGGCCCUGCCAGGGUAAAUUCUGACAAGCGACAUGGCCCAAAAAGUUGUGACAGCGCGUAAAAUGAAAUCGCGACAAGAGACAACCUCUCUCAGCUAAAUUGCAACGGUGACAGCAAAGCCGACAAUAAGCGACAAGCAUUUAUAAAUACCGACACGAGACAUUUUAAAAUUCAGAUGGGCGACAUGGGAACCCCCCUUGGCAGGGCCUCUUAAUAACCAUAGUUAUGGCCCAUCUUUACCUUUUCACUGAGUAUCCAUCAUCUUCUAUUGUUAUCCCAGCCAGAAAACAGUGGUUAUUCCUAGCCCUUUUUUGAUUGUAAAUUUUAUGUAUCUUUUUUCUAAAAUUGAUAGUACAUUAGUAUAUUAUGCCUUUUGUGACUGUAUGCCACAUUAUUUUCACUUUGAAGGCAUUUUAGUGAUCCAUGUGCGUCAUACCCAUGAAACUGUCAAGAAAUGAUGAAAGAAAAGUAAAACAUUGUUCUCUGGACUGUUAUCAGAGAAAAUGCACAGUUCUCUAAUACAAUUUUUUUCCCUUUUUGAAUCUGCAAAGAUUAAUAGAAAAUAUAUACAGUAAGCAAAAUCUCAGCAAAAUUAUUGGGCUUUAAUAAAUAAAAUUUUCUUCAAAAAAUUUGAAUUUCAUGCCAAAUGGCCUUUUAACUAAUGAGAAGGCUCAUCUGGGGCUUUAAUGUUCACAUGUUGGCUCACCAUAUGAAAAAACGGCUAUCAUUGCGGCCGCCUAUUGUUUUUCACCAUAGUUUUUAUGCAAAGCGUUCCUUCAUUUUUUAUUCAGUUUUCCCUUCAAAAUGAUUAUUUAUCAGAGUAUUAGAUCUUGGUCUAUUUUUCCACAAAGUUUUAGCUUGCAUUGUUUAUCUUGGUACCUGUAGGUGUUUUACUCUCUUAUUUAUGUAACUCCCAACUUUUGCCAAGUUGCAUGCUUGUGAUUUUUGCAUCCAUAUUACCGGACCGUCUGAAAAAAUUUGAACCUUGCCAAUGAUGUUCUGAUGACUUCCAAAAAUUAGCAAAGAUUCCCAGAUUUCCAAGGGUCACCAAACUGUAGGGAAGGGAAGCGCCAAACAAGUCUUGGCGCCAUCUUGGUGAGAUCACACAUAUCUUGGCAAGAUUACCAAGGAACAUCGUGCUGAGAUCGCCGUUAUACCCUAGAUUGUGCAUAACAUAUUUGUUGGUAUUUUUUUGGAAUUAAUAUUAAUUGUGCCCUAUUUAUGUGAAAUUGUCCUAUAUGCAUUUGAUCAAAGUUUUUUAUCCUUAGGCGUAUGACACACACAUAAUAGGUGUGAGUUGGCAGCUAUGUAUUUACUCAGGGAGUCAUCCUGCCCUGAAUAUCAUUAGACACUGUGAUUUUUCUUUUCUAGAUAGAACAAAUGGAGUUGGAAGUUAGAGAAGUUACAGGUGAAGAGAAAGCAAGAUUAAAUAACAGACUCAAAGCCUACAAAAAUGAAAUGCAGAGAUUUGAACAAGACUUGGUAAGCAACCAAAUAAAAAUACAUGUUUAUGGCCUGAGUGAGUGCACCUCUUUAAAAAUUAGCUUUGCAGGCUCCUCUUGUCACCCGCAAUCCUAAUCUCCAGAUUGUUGUUACGCAUGCUUCGCAUGUAUGUAGCCAGCAUUCAUUUGGACUUCCAGUAAGAAUGAAUGGAAUGCACAGAACGCAAUGUGAUCACGCGCAUUUGGACCUUCUGUCAUUUGUAAUAUGAUCAUGCGGGUUUUGACCAUCUGUCAUGUGAAACUUACACAAACACUUCGAUUGAGCAAAAGUGUUUUGAUCUUCCAUCAUUGUUGCCCACACUCCAUAACCUAGCAUGUAGUUACCAUCUUUGAUUUUGAAAGGAGAGGUUCAAUUAUUGAGUUCAGAAAAUGACUAGUUUUGAUGAGGCUCUCUUAGGUGGAGUGCAGAUGUCCAUAGUCUGAAUUUCAAACCCAAGUGGAAAAACAUGCAACAAACAUGCGAGUAGAAAAUUGUAAACAAAGGCACAACACAGGGCAGUGUUAAUGGAUCAUAUCUUUUAAAUUUGUUCCUAAACGACUUAGAAAUAGAUGAGCAUGACGAUAUAGCUUUAUUUAAAUAUACUGACGAUACUACCAUCUUAGUAUUAAAUGCUCACUAGAGGUUUAUCUGAUCGAUCUGACUUUGCCUUUUCCAAAUGUAUGGACUAGAUGUUUGCAAAUGGCAUAUGGAUGCAAGUAGUAAAUGCAACGAAUUACUUUUGCAUAAGAAAGGGAAUCAAACAGCUUAUCCAGUGUUACACAAUAUCAAGCAAAAUAAAUUAUUAUCCCCUUGUUGAGAGUUACAAUACUAUUGUACAUGUAAGUUUAGUUUGCAUGUUAAAGCUAAACUUAAUGAAGCCAACAAUUAUUUGAAGCCAAUAUUUAUAUUGAAGCUAAUAUUUAUAUAGACUUCUAAUUAUUAGAAGUCUGUGCAAGGAAGAAUAUACACAAGGAGAAAGUGAUGUUCUUUUUUUGUAAUUUUGCUGUCUAAAAUAAUGUAUGGCCUUUCAGUUCACAUGGCUACCAUUUCAGACCUUACCUCUGUGCAAAGCUUUUUAACAAGAUGUCACAAGAGACGCUAUACAUCUGUUAGUUAUAGCGUCAAUAACUUAUUGGAAAAAAGUGACCGCUGUCUCUUUUUUCACUGAAACAUUACGACCAUCCAUUAAAUAAUCUUCUCUCCUGGUAUAAGGACUCAUCAAAGCGGCUUAGAAAUAGAUCCAUUGUAACUGAGAGCUAGUGUAAACACUGAAUGUUUUAUAGCUUUUUUAACAAAUUAGUAUUUAAGUGUAACUUACAUAGCCGUAUAGAUUUUCAAUUUUCGUAUUUAACUUAAUUUACUUCAGGCCCGUAGGCUGGUUUUUGCCUGGGUGGUUUCUUUUUCGCUUAAAACGGACCUUUAAUGUUAACAGUGUCAUACAAAAUUAAACUUACCGUUACUUGUACUGGGGGGGUGAGGUGUCCGUAGCAGGAGUAGUCUGUAAUGAUGGCUGCAUCUCAUUCUGAACUGAACUAUCAUUUAACUCUGAAGAUACCUCACCUGUUUUCGACUUUUUUGACAGAAAUCUUUCUAACAUUUGGCAUGAAGCCCCUGCCCGUUUUCUUUCUCUUUCUUUUUGCUCACGACGCCCCAUAGUAACAAAGCAAAUCAACGGCGAUUUCCUAGGCCAAUGAACUUGAUGCUAUGUAAGCACAACAUGGCGACCACUCGUUUCAGGCCAUUACAGUUCAAAGAUGGACGUUGGGUUCCAGGCUCAGAAACAACCAAAAGCCAAUGGUGUACUGAAAUAUUUCUUCACUAAACAGAGUGAAUACUAAAGAAAACUAAAGCAUCGAGAUUUGGAAGCUGCCACAGAUCCCAAAAUAUGGGAAAUUUAAGAAUAACGAGCUAAUUGUAUGGUUUCAGUAAUUUUUUUAUACAUGCAAGACAUGUUUUAAGCCAGUCAAAUUAUUUGUGAUUAGGCCACUGAGCGGACCUUUCCAGGCAGUGGGGGGUUUCGUCCGAACCCUUCGAACCCCCCCAGCCUACGGGCCUGUACUUGUAUAAAUGUUUUAAACUAGGUUUUUAAACAGAUUGGUUUUUAAGUAUAACCUAGCUGUGCAAAUAUUUGAAUUUUUAAUUUUUUUUUUACCUUUACUUGGAUACAACUGUACUUUGCGAUUUAUUGUCUCUUAACAUUUCAAUGUAACCUCUGAUAUAUGUAUUUUUAUCCAAUGAAUAUAGACUUAUUUCAUAGGAAAGUAGAGGAAAAAUAGCACCAAAAGAAAUCUCUAGGGUAGCUGUUUUAUUCCCUGCCUACUUGUUGUAUUUACCUCGCAUCUUGAAAUCUUAGUGACAUCCCUGUCUGGGGUUGGAAUUUUUCCCUAUUAAGAACUGUUUUGUCAGCCUUCUACUCAUUUCAUAGAAAGCAGUCCAGUAAAACUAAUUAGGGGAUGCCUCUCAAUUUUCUCCUUCACUACUACAGAAAAAAGCCAGAGUAGCUUUCUCUGACCAGGAAGGCAGAAAUGAAUUGCUUGGAGGCGAGGAUUCGCAGUACAGUUCUGAAGAUCAGGUAAUUGUUUUAUCCCAGAAUGAUAUUAAUUUUAAUCAUUUCACUUCCAAAGGUACAGUGUAGCCUCAGCCACAAAGAUAUUUUCCUCAAUUUCAGUGGAUGUUUAUUACUAUUAAUUUUGUUCCAUCAUUCAGUUUAAACCCAUAAUGAUUAUAAACAUUUUUUUAAUACAUCUGGAUUCAUUUUUCAAGAGAGCAAGAUUAUUAGACAACACUGAAAGAUUGGAGAGGUCUGGAAGGCAACUGGAGGAAGGUUAUAAGAUGUGCGUAGAGACAGGUGAGGCUUACGAUAUAAUACUGUAAAUCCUCUAUUAAGCCCCCCAGAGGGCUUAUUUAUUUCAAGCCCAUUUGGGGGUGGGGGGGGGGGGCCUCAAAAGAAACGGGGUGCCUAUUUGAGAGGGGGGGUGGCUUAUUUCAUUUUGAAAUGACAAUGGUAUCAGUUCUCCAUAAAGAACUAGAAUACAAAGUGGAAAAGUUCAAGUACAAGAAGUUUUAGGCCAUGCAGCCAAUCCGAACUUCCAGUUGGUAAAUAAACCAUCCCAGAUCAGUCUACACAAAGUUUUACAGUUGUGAUUAAUUAAUACAUUCUAUCACUAAUUAGUGAAGAAUAAUUAGGGGAGAGGAGGGGGGGGGGGCUUAUUAAUUUUCUUCCCCUGAAAAGGGGGGUUAUUAGAGAGAGGAGCUUAUCUGAGAGGAGGGGGGACUUAAUAGAGGAUUUAAGGUGUAUAGAUUUAACUAAGGCCAAAAGCAAAGCUCUUGUGGCCAGUGGGAUACUUUAAGAAAAGUCUUUCUGCUGUAAUUGGACUCCAAACUAGUAAGUUUGACAUUUCACAUCCGCUAACAUAAGCGGGUGGACGUAUGUACGGACAAUUUUGUCACAAAAAAAAAUUCUUAGAUGUGUAGAUAACCAAAUUUUAUUUCCCGUGGUGCUCCGCUGCGUGCACUUUGCGCGUGCUAGAGCUCCACUAAGAAACGGAUAAUAUGUUACCAGAAGCGUUAUCUCAAUUGUGGCGGGAUGUUUCUGGAUCAGCCGUGGGAUAACACUUAUUGGGCAAAAGACUUGACUGAAAUCAGAAACUGCACGUGAAAAUUCUCUGGCAAUCCUCGUGAAUAUGCUUGUUACAACCUGACGUUUGGCAGUAUGUAGGUUGUGAUCUCAUUCGCUCAGAAGCCCUUCAAUUAAGCUAAUCAAUCCAGGCUGACCACAUGAUUACAGUGAUAGACCUCACCUGAUAAACUGUUCUCCUGUGUUGAUGCCAGGGUAGUCAAAUUUUGAAAAAAUGCUGUUAAUUUGUGUGCAUCUCUUUCCGUUUCAGAACAAAUAGGAGUCGAUAUUAUGAAUAAUUUACAUAGAGACCGAGAAGUCAUGGAGCGUGCAAGAGACAGAGUACGUAUAUGAAGCAUUUUUACAGAUAAAAUAGGAGCGAGGUUUUUUUUAUUUGAGUUCUUAGAAUAGAGUCUUGGUAGGAUUAAUCAUGACCCAUAUAACGAUCAUAAAUUUAGUCGUACGUUAUCAUGGAAGCAUUUAUGCACCCCAGGGGGGAGGGGUUACUCCCGUUUAUGGCCUAAACGGAGAGGACCCGCCUAAAUGUGGUACCUUUUUCAGGCUUCAGGUAUAUGAAAAGGUAGGGAUUUCACUUGUUGAAGUAUAUGAAAGGGUAGGAAGAUCUGUUAAGAAGACCAAAACAAACCCGUUGCAAAAAUGUGUGACUCAGCAAGUAAUAUAUCAGGUUUAGAGUUUUUUUACCUUGUCGUUGUCUUUUAUUGUAACUAUUUCGUAAUUACUGUGUCCUUGGCGUGGGCUACUAGGUGAGUCUUGUUGAAAUGGUACCUACCUACCUACCUCGCUUCCUCCCUCCUCCCUCCCCGCUCUUCGUCGACUCAACUCCGUCCCCCAAGCCGAAGGAAAACAGCGGAAAGAGAGUGUGCUCACAGACGACUACGGAAACAACGUUUCAGAGCACACAUUUUUUUUCCACGCAGUCAGAUAAAAACUUUUGUAACCCUUUGGCGUUGGCGAGAAUUGUAACUUACAGUACCAGUCCACCUAGUCAAAUACGAAUCCACUCGAUCAAAAAUCAUCCAUUGGGCCUGGUGUUUACAAAUAUUUUGGUCUUUUUAGACUCGAGGAACCGACAAGAAUCUAACUAAAAGCUCUCGGAUUUUAACUGGAAUGAUGAGAAGGUAAUUAUAGAUAAAUUAGCAAAUAAAUGCAAGUCUUUCUCUUCCGUGUUUUUCUUUUCCCCGAUUUGAAGCCCUUUUUUCCAUGUGCAGCAAACGUCUUUGACCCACUGUUCACCAAACUGCUUUGCGUCAUUGUAGUUGCGAAACGAUCACUUUCGCAUCUUUUAGAGGUACAGUUCACUCAGACAAAUUUACUACGAAACUGAGUAUCAUUUCGCAGAUGAAUGAAAUCUAUCUAGAGAUUAAAUGAAUUUUUUGCACCAACAAGUUAACAUCAUUGUAGUGAAUACAUGGCACCAGGAGCCCUUAACCCAGAGCGAACAACUUCCAUGUACUCGUGUCACAGCGUUCUCACCGACCAGUUUACCUUUCAAUCGCUUUUGGGUCGAAUUUAGAAUACCUCUUAAAGCCCACGAACCAGGCGGCAAAACCAACAGACCUAAAAAUGGUAUUUUGACCUUUUGAUCUGAUUAACAAUUAUUCCACGAGUGCGCGUUGAAUGUGAGAUGGUAGAUAGCCAACAAGGCGCGUAACAAGCGCGAGCGGAAUAAUUGUUUUAUUAAAAACGCCUACAAAAUAUCGAGUUCUUCCUAACUUUAUUUGUAAAAACAACCGAUUUUCAGCUUGUUUUUAAUUUUGAGCAGACGCGAACAGGUACCAUAUUUGGAGAGCAUGGUAUAAUUGCUCAUAUACCAUGAUGGCUAAGCUAAUCAGAGCUCUAGAAUUGCAUUAUCCAGUGAUUUAGUUUUAAUAAUGACGUUUAGCUUUCCUUUUUCAUAUUUUGUACUUGGAAUGUGCUCAUAGACAGAGCGGAGUUUCUCGCCGAAUCAAAGGGCUCUAAAAUGUUUCUAAAUAUAAACCGGUCCAUUCCGUGACAUAAGCCUAGUAUGGGAGUCACUCGCUCCGGGUUAUGGACUCCUAGUGGCACUAAUCAGUCUACCCACGAAUCUCGCACCUACCAUGCACAAAUUAAGGAGCUUUAGCAACGGUAGCCUGUACACAGACGUUGUUUUAUUUUUCUUUUCGGUUAAUAAAUCCACCGCAGUUUUUAUUUUUUAUCACGCGCGCUCGAUGGACUUUGAAGAGAAAAUAGAGGGUCUGUGAUCAGGCUAUAGCAACGGCAACGAGAACGUCAAAAAAACAAUGGCUUUAUUUUAGCAAAACAACAAAUCUGCAGGUGCCACACUUUUUUUGUCCAUUUCUUUACCGUCACUGCACGACUACGACGUGAAAAUGCCUAUUUUCACGUUUUAUGGAGGACAUAAACAAGCGAAGACGAAUUUUCUUCAAUUUCUCUUUCUACACGUGAGUGCAGUCCCCAGGAAAUCAACUCCAGGGAAAUUCGCCUACAUUUGACAUUUUCAGCGUAUUAGAAUAAACGCGACAAAGAUUAAAAAAUCGCCAAUUCAUUUAAAAGUGGUCUUUUUGCUGUCGUCCGCGUCGUCGAUGCUAAAGCUCCCUGUUAUCGUUUAAAAAGCGCUAUUGGGUCCGACCAGAAUGAGGUGCGUUAAUCAUUUAGGCACGCAAAGUAGUUUGAGUGAGCAUAGUGCAAUUCCGAUAAAUAAUAUCGUCACGUGACCACUCACGGAAACUAUUGCCGUCCAUACCCUCCUAUUUUAUCUGAAUGCUGUAAUUUUUGUUUUCAGGAUAAUCCAAAACAGAAUAAUAAUGGCUAUCAUAUGCCUUGCAAUACUUGGAGUUAUUGGACUUGUCAUAUAUUACGCUACGAAAUAAUAAUAUAUAAUUAAACCGAUGAUAUCUACGGUCGAAUCCCGGUAACUCGAACCCUCUGCAACUGGAACCUCCCGCUAACUCAAAGCAAUUUACGUUUCCCUUCAGAUCGUUUUCUAUAUAAUUUUACCCUCGAUAACUCGAACUCCCGAUAACUAUUUCCCUUGAAGGUUCGAAUUAUCGGGAGUCGACUGUACCUGUAAUCAAGAUUAAUUGAUUUUAUACGACUGAAUGUAUUAUGAUCGGUCAUCCUUAAGGAAUUUUUAUUUGCAGUCAGACUGUCGACCAUUCUCGCUAUUAUCGUGAGCCAAUUCGUAAGACUGGUUUACGCGUCCGGAACAAGUCUAUGCGCAAGAAAAUGGAACGAUUUAUCUUGUCUUGUGCUUGUGCUUAUGCCAUUGCUUGAGUUGUUGAUUCGCAUAACGCAUGCGUGAGUACAAACACAUGUUAGUUUGGUAAACACAUGUAAGUUUGGUUCACUGUGUGCUUAUAACGGAUCUAUUGGUGUAACAAACUAUCUUUUUAAAAGGAGAAAAUCAUCUAGGGCUCCUAAAAACAGUGAAAAUUCCAUAGAAAAUGAUUGUAAAUCUUAGAUGGAAGUCACUGCCUUCCCAAAAGUAAACAUAAAAAAGCGAAGCAAGCUCUCACUCGGCAUUUUUUGUUCGGAAAAGGGGUGAGGGAGGGGGAGAGCAGUGAACAAUGGUUCAAUUUAGAUUUCGCCGAGAAAGCUUGUUCGCAGACAAGAAAUUUUUGCUCGUUCGUAGCACUAAGUAUCACUGGUAUCACUUGCAUAGUCAAUCAACUCGCCCAUUACAGAUUACUUCAUAUCAUUUACACCCAUAGAAAGGAUUCACUUUUACAGACAUUCCUUAGUAUCUUACAUUUAAAUCUUGUUAAUAUUUAAUUUAAUUUAAGUAAUUUUCCAAUAGUUGGUGAUGAGAACAAAAGAAUCAUUUCCAAUUAGGUAAACUUACAGGGCGGGCUAUUAUACCGGAGUGUAGCCCGACGGUGUUUAACAAACCACAAUGUAAGCCGUUUUCAAUGAGGCCUGGCACAGUAAUUUCGAGAAAAAAUAUACGUAGCCAAGUCUAACAAAAAAGAUUCAUUUGUCCAUUUAAUACAACGCAUGGUUGUCGUAAACCGUGAUGUAAGUUUUACAGUCGACCCUCCUGUAAGUGACCACCCAAAAUGCAAAGAGUUAGCA